GGAGAGAGGGGGGUCUUCUCUCUCGUCUCUCUGCUCUUGUGCAAGCAAAUCUACACCGUUGUGCAAAUCCGCAGAGAAGUCGAGAAAUCAUGACUUCUCAAAAGUUCUACCUGCAUCUGCUCACCUUUGUCACCUUACUGACUUUUCUGGCUCUCUCAGAGGUAGAAAGCGAGAACAAAUUGGAAAGAAUCUUGAAGAAAGUGGAUGGAGAUGUGAAACCAGCUGUGGCAGUGACUCCUUCCAAAGCCAAACAGUUCCUGUCAUCCCUAAAGAGGCCCAAAAGGAAUUUAUGGGACCGCAGUCGUCCUGACGUCCAGCAGUGGAUCCAACAGUUCAUGUAUAUGGGCUACGAUGAAGCAAGACUUGAAGCUGAUCUCGCAUAUUGGAUGGAUCACUAUCGAUCCAAUGACCAAGGUCGCCAGCAUCACUAUGAUGAAAACUCUCCCAUAGGUUCUCGAGGACCUGGAUCAUACAGGCAUGGAGCAGAUGUUAACUAUGACAACUACUAAGUCACCUUAUCAGAACUUAAAAUACAGUAGUUGACAAUGAAAUCAUUUUGUAAUCGGUAAUACACAUAUGAUUAAGAAUAUUUAAAGAUGAAAAUGUAUUAUUCAUCCGUCAUGAAUUACUCGCCCUUAUGAGAGCUUUCUCAGUCUCGACUGUGAAACAAUAAAAUAUUUUGUUGAUUAUUAA